GUGGCAGUGGCAAACAACGGAAAUGGCCACGGGAAACUGGCAACUGCCGAUUGAAAAUUCUUCCACCGAGUUCAUCCUCCUUCCCCUCACUUUCUCUUCUUCCUCCAUCCCAACCUUCAUUUCCCAAAGCUAUGGCUACUGCUUGCGCCAUCUCCUCCGUCCAAUGGAAGCCAAUCAACUCCAACAACCUCGCCUCCUUCAGAAUCCCCACUUCCUUCUUUGCACGCCCUUUCAUUUCCAGAAAAUCAUGUCGGGUGAGGGCAACAGUUGUUAGGGAAGAUGAGGAAAAAGUGGCUGUGGAGGAUUCAUUCCCUCCUAAGGCUUCUCCUGUUCUACACGGGGAAGGGGGUAGUAACCAAGGACCCGAAAAUUCACCCUCCAAUGGCUUUGAUAAAUGGAUCAUUAAGCUUGAACAAUCUGUUAAUGUUCUUCUCACGGAUUCAGUAAUAAGGAUUCUUGAUACAUUUUACCACGAUAGACACUACGCUAGGUUCUUUGUCUUGGAAACUAUUGCAAGGGUUCCCUAUUUUGCGUUUCUGUCAGUUCUGCAUUUGUAUGAAAGUUUUGGCUGGUGGAGAAGAGCUGAUUAUCUGAAAGUUCACUUUGCUGAGAGCUGGAAUGAGAUGCAUCACUUGCUGGUCAUGGAGGAAUUGGGGGGUAAUGAUUGGUGGUUCGAUCGUUUUCUUGCUCAACAUAUAGCUGUUGCUUAUUAUUUUAUGACGGUAGUUAUGUACAUGAUUAGCCCAAGAAUGGCAUACCAUCUUUCUGAAUGUGUUGAAAGCCAUGCGUAUUCAACUUAUGAUAAGUUUCUAAAGGCCCAAGGAGAGGAGUUGAAAAAAUUGCCUGCUCCCGAGGUUGCUGUGAAAUAUUACACUGAAGGAGAUUUGUACUUAUUUGAUGAAUUUCAAACUUCCAGAGCUCCCAAAUCACGAAGACCAAAAAUAGAGAGCUUGUACGACGUGUUUGUGAACAUCAGAGAUGACGAAGGCGAGCAUUGCAAGACCAUGAGGGCUUGUCAAUCGCACGGGAAUCUCCGAUCGCCACAUUCUUAUUCAGAGAGUUGUCCCGAAGAUGACGAGCCACCCUGUGACCUUGCUGAAGCAGAUUGUGAAGGCAUCGUAGACUGUAUAAAGAAAACCGUUACUUCUUCCCCUCAGGUAAAAUAAAAGCUAUGAUAUAUAUGCAUACAUAGAAAGAAAUUGUAAAUUCACUAGAUUCCUACAUAGUAAAUAUCUGUCACAUUCAUACAGAAGAAAAGAUGUAAGGUCCAUAUAUAGGUUAUUUGAUGAUCUUAUCUUAUAAAAGGUGACAUUUCGUCUAUCUUUGUAAAUGCAGUGGUUUUACCAAUUAUAUAGGGUUCAAA